UGUGUUCCUCAUUGAGAUUCAUCUGAAGGUGACUCAGUGGGAAAGAUGGCGACGGCCUACCUGACCCACCAUCAGAAAGUCCUGCGACUCUACAAGAAAUCCCUGAGACACCUCGAGUCAUGGUGCAUAUUUAGGGAUAAAUAUCGUUUCUAUGCGUGUCUGCUGCGAGCACGCUUUGAUGAGAACAAACAUGAGAAGGACAUGGUGAAGGCCACCAUGAUGCUGAAGGCAGGCGAAGAGGAGUUCUGGACCAAUCAGCAUCCACAGCCCUACCUGUUCCCAGACUCACCUGGAGGAACGUCUUACGAAAGAUACGAGUGCUACAAAGUCCCUGAAUGGUGUCUGGAUCAUUGGCACCCCUCCGAGAAAGCCAUGUAUCCUGAUUACUUUGCUAAAAGGGAACAGUGGAAGAAGCUGCGGGCUCAGAGCUGGGAUAGAGAGGUCCAGCAGCUGCAGGCUGAAACUCCUGCUGAGGGCCCCAAAUCUGAGGCCCUGCCACCAGCCCGAAAGGAAGGAGACCUCCCUCCCCUAUGGUGGCAGUUUGUCACUCGUCCCAGAGAGCGGCCCAUGUAAAGCCUCAUAUGUUAGAAUAGGCCUCCGAGAUGUUUGUCAGACGUAUACUUGCGUUCUGUGAGCUCAACCUUUAUAAAUAUAAUAAACUAUUCUGUGAAUUAGAACCCUUGUAUUCAUUUAAUAAUAAUAAUUCCUUACAUUAACAUAGCUUCAAUUGAUGUUAACUUGCCUUGAAUCUUAUAGGUAAAAUGUUUGAGAUGCACUUAAUAUCAUCAUCAGUAAGAAUAUUUGGACUUAAGCCAGAAACGUACUUAACAAGUACGCUAAAGCAGACGCAAAUGCUUGAUCAACGCAUGUAAAUACUUGUAGUGCGUUACUGUGGCAAUAACAAUUAACUCAGUACUCAAGGGGGCGAUAGUUGCCUUCAGAUGUCUGUGCCAUGAAAUAGCAGUACACAAUAAUUCAAUAACUAUUUUAUAUUUAAUGUAUGCAACAGUAAUUAUACAGGGAAAAGCAUACAGAAGGUGAUUUUAUAAACUGCACAGUGUUGAGAACAACUCUCACACUACUCAAACUGUGAUACUAUCAAAAAAAAAAAAAAAUAAUAAUAAUAA